GCGUCUUUGUGAAAACAGAUAAUCAUGACUUCUACUUGGGUUGGUUCUAGAGGGACGAUUCAGGAUUUUGCAGGAUUCAAUGCUUCCAAAGAUGCAGAGGCACUUAAAAAAGCAAUGGAAGGGCUGGGCACGGAUGAAACAACCGUGAUUGAGAUCCUGACAGGGAGAUCCAAUGCUCAACGGCAGCUGAUAGCGGCAGAGUACAAAUCUUACACUGGGAAGGAGCUGAAAGAUGCUUUGAAGGAAGAAACCUCAGGUGAUUUUGGGCAUGUCCUGUGUGCUCUGGUCACUCCCCCGGCAGAAUUUGAUGCUGAAGAAGUUAACCGUGCCGUCAGAGGCAUUGGAACGAAUGAGAUGACGUUGAUUGAGAUUGCGGCUUCCCGAACCAGCAAGCAAAUCAGAGAGACAGCUCAGGUGUAUUACACAAUUUAUAGGAAAAUCUUGAGUGAGGAUGUCGGUUGGGACACAUCCGGAGACACCAAAAGAACCUUCCUGGCCUUGCUGGAUGCCAAGAGAGAUGAAAAUCCACAGGCCCAUGAAGAGGUAGCAAAGAGGGAUGCACAGCUCCUGUACAGUGCUGGUGAGAAGAGGUGGGGAACGGAUGAGACCAAAUUCAUCGAGAUUCUGAGCUCCAGCAGCUUUGCUCAGCUCAAGCUCACAUUUCAGGAGUACCAAAAACUUAGUGGACACCGGAUGGAGGAUACCGUGCUUAAUGAAACAUCGGGCGACUUUGCCCAACUGCUUCUGGCCGUAGUGAAGUGUGCAAAUAACGCCCCUGCCUUCUUUGCUGAAAAACUGAACAAAGCCAUAAGGGGACCUGGAACUGAUGAAAUCACAGUGACCAGAAUUCUAGUAUCCAGGUCAGAAAUCGAUCUUCUGGAUAUUCGACACGAAUACAAGAAGCUCUUUGGAGAAUCUCUGCAUUCUGCUAUUAGUUCGGAUAGUUCCGGGGAUUAUCGGCGCACCUUGCUCAAGAUUAUUGGUGGGGACGACUGAUGAGGCCGACUCUGGCUGACAGCACUUGUUUCCCGCUGCUUUCACCAGUUCAUAGAGCUUCUUAGAUAUAUUUAAGCAAGGGUGCGAAGUUUCCAGUCCUCCUUUCAAUUAUUUUUUAAUUAGGUAUCAUAACAGACAGAUGUUUUACUACAGACACUAUCUUAAGCCCCUGGAUGACACUGAUUUCAUCACACACCGUGGAUUUGGGAUGAAAUCUGCACUCACAGGCCAAUAAUCUGCCAGAAAUUAACCAACCCUGGAAAGUUGGGAUCUGGAUGCAGUUAAGAUACAACAGUGUCUUGGGCACAUCCAACGACUGUCUAGGAACUGCUGUGUCUUGAACUGAGCUAUUCUUGAAUUGCUGUUGUGUUGUUUUAGCUUUACAAAAGGGUUUCCUGUAUUUUGCAUGCAAUGCACAGCUACCUCAAAGGAUUCAUUUGUAUUCCAGACCUGAAGUGCCUUAAACGGUUGUUUAAGAAAUAAUUUGGAAAAGUGCUAUGGACCACAGGGGAACAUGAAUCUAGAACCUGCCCACAACUCUUUAAAGCAGCUGCAUUGAUGCAGCUGCUUUAAAGUUGCAGUCAGGUUCUAGGUUUGUCUUCUUGCAAUCUCUGGAAACACUUUUUUCUGGAAUCAAAUCUCAAAAGGGACUGGCUAAAAUAGCACCAGUGGCCCAUUCCUCUUAUGUUUAUUUAGAGCAGGGGUUUCUAACCAUAUAGACUUCAACUCCCAAAAUUCCUCAGCCAGCAUGUCUGACUGAGGAAUUCUGGGAGUUGAAGUCCACAAGUCUUAAAAGUUGCUACGGUUGGAAUCCCCAGCCUUAGAGGACCCAAACUUAAACUGUAAAAAAAUUGCCUUUAAUAAGAAGGGCCAAAACCUUUCCAAAGAGGGUAGAAUAGAUAUAAGUACUAAUGUUGCCAAAUUUCUGCCGUUUUUGCCAUGUUGUUUUAUUGAAACCAUAACGUAAGAAGUUGUGAUGAUAGCCAACACUUGGAAAAGACACUAACCCGUCAUACACCUGAUAUGAACACAAAGCACACGUUCGUGGUGAAGAUAAGCCAUUGAUACCCUCAUUUUGGCUCUAUGGAGGAGCUCCUAGUUUUGGUCUACGGCAGGGAUGUCAAACUCGAUUUCCUUGAGGGCCGAAUCAGGAUUAUGUUUGACCGUGGAGGACCAAGGUGGGCGUGGCCAGCUCAAUGCCAUUUGUGUCAGGGGCGGCUGUGGUAGCCUGAGCAUUCCGCCAGUGAAAACAGGCUCCCGAGCUCUGCUUUCAGCUGUGACGACGCCUUGCAACCCUUAGCAAAAACGGAGCUCGGGAGUGCCACCCGCGGCGCUUGUGAACUCCAUUUGCAGGUGUGACGACCUCCGGCAAUACCUCAGCUAGUGAAAACGGAGCUCAGGAGGGAUGUAUGAAGCCGUCCUGAGCUCCGUUUUCUC